CGGUCGUGGGAGGCCCUUCACCAGUACCGCCAGUCGCUGCUGCUGGCGCCCGCCCACCAGCAGUCCUUCCUCGGCGCCCUCAAAGUGCUGCGGGGGAAAGGGCAGUACCCGAGGGUCCACCAGAUGAUGAUACGGCUGGAUGGCCCCAUUAACUGGGUGUACGGAAACCCAGAACAAUAGACGUUGACUUGCUGAAAUCGGAAAUAAAACUUAAAUACAACAAAUGUAAGAGUAACUUCAAUUCCGGCUACUAUUUAUUGAAAUACAGAGGAUCAACUUGUAACUUCAGAUAUUAAUCUUACCACAAAGAAUUCUUUAUUUAGUGAAACGAGAAAUAUUGCUGUCUUCAAUAUUUCAUUAAAACUGCGUCAAUGGAAAAUUUAAUUAUGUAAUGCUGGCCUUUGGCGAUUAUUCAAACUAUAUUCAUAUAAUGACUAUUCUUCUAUCGCUAGAUCAUAUUAAAAUUAUUCUACUACCUUGAUGCUACAUCACUCUAAAUGGGUAAAAUUAUUUUACU